UUUUGUUUUAAAUUCAUGAGGACUGUUGAGGUUUCUUCGUAAGUUUUUUUGGCUCCACAAAAGAUUAUUCGUAGUUUUGGGACUAGUUGAAGCACCUGCAGUGCAUCUGACGACCACGAGGGAAGAACACAUUGAGCAAUGUGUUGUUGAAUAAAGUUGAGAAAUACUGAGUAAUAAUUUUAACGAUAUAAACAAUGGAGAAUAUGUUGUUGAGAAGAGUAGAUCGAGGGAUCUGUCGUUAUUUCAAUAUUUUGAGGAUGAAUCAUACGCAAUCAGAGGCCCAAUAUCGCACGAGUGAUGGUAAUAUUAUGGAUAAAGAGAAAGCAAUCCAUCCUUAUCGCAAAAUUCAUCCCUGGAAGACGAAAACUGGAUUUUCUGAGAGUCUUGCUGAUUCUGUUAUCUAUAACAAAGACGGAUUGGUGGCAAUUAACAAACCCUAUGGGAUCUCAGCGCAAACACUAACAGGCGACGAAGGACUUGUGAAUAAACUACCAAGUGGGAUUCCUAAUGAAGUUGAUUACACUGUCAAAGAUGCAUUACCAAUUAUUGCGAGGAGAUUGGGCUACGAGUCCCUGCGAAUUAUCAAAACACCUGAGAAAUUCACCAGUGGAGUUACUCUGCUGGGGGCUUCUGAGAAGAUCGAGACAGCAGUGGCAAAGUCCCUGAGGAUAGCUGAGGGUGCACGAAUAUUGUCUCGAACAUUCUGGACAGUAACUAGAGAUGUUCCGAGGAAAUUGGAGGGAGAGAAUAGGGUUGCGAUGACGCUGGAGCGGUUUAAGGGGAGAAGACCUGUGCCCAUCAUCAUCGAUAAAUGGAGUAAAAAUGCCCGUGACCGAGGAGACAUAAAAAUCCUCAACGUCCAAUACAAGGUUCUCAGCCAUGGAACCCACAAUUUGGCAUCACUAGUCGAAAUAAAAUCGUCGACAAGACAGUGGCACGCUGUGCGCCUCUUCGCAGCUACUGUUCUUCUGGCCCCGAUCCUGGGGGACAGAAUAUAUGGCUCGAGGGUUCAGCACAUCAUGGGAAAGAAGAUACUUGUGAAUCCUGGGGUGGACGCAGCUCACAUGCCACCAAAACUCAACCCUGACCUGCUGACUAUUCUGAAAAUUGGGAAGGGCAAGGAUUCAAUGAUCCCAGUGCACACACACCAUCGGGAAAUUUAUCUUCCUUCGUUUCUGCAGAAAACUAAUACUGUUGUUAUCACAGCUCCUCUGCAGCCUGAAUUUUUGUGGACUUGUAGGCAAUGUGAAUUCAAUGAAAAUGUUUUUGAAAAUGUUAAGAGCGAUGAUGUGAGUGAACGUAGGGCCCUUGAAAUACGUACUGAUGGCACAUGAUAGAAUAAAGGAAUUUAAAGACUC